GUGACCAUUAGAGAAAGAGGAAAGAGACCCCGGUGUUGUGGUUGAUUCAUAGAGGCAGUAGAGGCAGGAUGUGGGUCCUAAUCUGGGCAGCUCUACUUCUCUCUCUGACAGAGAGAACCACAUGCCAAAAUAAGGACCCUGCAGCACCAAUCAACAUCACCUUCAGUCCAGCAGAGAUAACACCACAGGCUGGACUAUGUGCUGUUAUUCCAUGUUCGUUCACUCACCCUGAUAACUUCACUGCUCACAUAGCAAUAUGGUUUAAAUGCCCUGAUGCAAGAUGUUCUAUUAAACCCGGAACGGACUCUAUUUUCCACUCAAAGAAUUCCUCUAAAGCUCAGGAGGGUUAUAGAAGGCGAGUGUCACUACUGGAGAAAGACCUGACAAAGAAGAACUGCAGUAUAAUCAUCAACGACAUCACUAAGACUGAUGACGGAGACUAUCAAUUAAGACUGUCCGGAUCAUUUAACAGUGGAAAUAGAAGUAAACUCACAUCCCCAGAGAAAGUUAAAAUUGCAGUGAAAGCUCUGAACCAGAAGCCCUCAGUGUUGACUCCUCCUCUGACAGAAGGAGAACCAGCGACCCUGACCUGCACCGCCCCGGGGAUCUGCUCUGGAACUCCUCCUAACAUCACAUGGACAUGGAGAGGGACAGGAGACAACAUCACUGCGCUCAGAGACAACGCCACUCUAUGCAAAAGAUGA